AUGCCUGGCCCAGUGGAUAAAUUGUGGGUCGAGUCCCCCAUUCCACUUGUGCAUACUCCUCAGUAUGAGACGAAAAGGAACGACAUCUUCACCACCGGUGCCUCGCACAUGGCCCUCCUCCACAACGCCAUCCUCCGCGGCUUCAACAGCAUCUACAACCAAGCCCCCUCCCUCCCCCGCACCCACCACGCCCCCUUCAUCGGCUACGCCACCGCCUGGACUGCCCUCGUCAUCUCCCACCACGACGCCGAGGAAUCCGACCUCUUCCCCGCCGCGUUCGUCGCUGGCGUCGUGGAUAUGGCGGACUAUCUUGCUACCACCGCACGCUACCCCGCGUCCUUCUCGGGCGCCACCCUCCGCGCGAAAAUGGACGCGUUCCGCGCGCUGUUUCAAGAACACUUCCACGCGGAGAUCGCGACGAUCGCGGCGCUGUCGACAGAGGGGGCGGGAGAUCCGGAGGCGGGUGAGGGGCGGGCGUCCGAGCAGUGGGGGAAGCGAAGCGUGACGCGGGCGGGGUGGACGGAUGUGUUUGUAUUUUUGGUGCUGCAUAUGGAUCGGGAGUGGGAGGAGGGGAUGUGGGGGAAUUGA